AGAUUUCACAACGAUUUCAUUCCACUUUAGAUCAAUUAUCUACAUCUAUUAUUAACGAUCAAAUAAACAAACCUAUCUAUGAAUUAUCAAUAAUAUUAUCAAAUGAGCAAUAUCUAAUGCAAUCAAUGAAUAAUACACAAAUAUCAUUUUCAUCUCCUCUCACCUGUAUCCAUCAUGAGUUUAUAUAUCAAGUAAUAAAACAUCCACAAAAACUAGCAGUUGAACUAGAUGAACAAUCAUUAACAUACUGUGAACUGCUAUAUUAUGUUCAAGUAUUAUCUUUAAGUCUCCUGACAGAAUAUCAUGUGUUUCCAGGGGAGGUCGUAUGUCAAUGUGUUGAGCGAAGUUUAUCAAUGGUGAUUGGUAUUAUGGGAAUUGAAAUGGCUGGUGGCGUUUAUUGUCCAUUAUCACCUCGGGAUCCACAACAUCGUUUGCAUGCACUCACACAACAAACUCAAAGUCGUCUUGUUCUUGUUCAGCAUUCUACAACGUUAAAAUUUUCUACUGAAACCGUUUUAUGUAACAUAGAUUUAAUAUCAACUGUCGGCGACAUUAACAAUAUUAUAAUUACGGAUCGCCGAUCAGGUAUUGUGGUAACGGGAGACAGUAUUGCAUAUAUUGUUUUUACUAGUGGCUCAACAGGAACAUCGAAAGGAGUCCGAAUUCGUCAUCGAAAUUUGUUGGCUUGCACUGCUUCUGUUGUUCGACUGAAUUUAUUCACAGAUAAAGACACUAUGAUACAAAUGGCAAGUUGUUCAUACGAUGUGCAUGCUCGGGAAAUCAUUGGAGCUUUAAUUACUGGCUCAACGAUUAUAAUGCUUCAUACUCAAGGAAAUAUGGAUUUAGACUAUAUGACGAAGACGUUAAAUGUAAAACAAGUAUCAUAUCUGCAGUGUGUACCAGCAUAUGCCAAUGCUUUGUUAGACUUUAUUCAAGGUCACAGCGUUUCAAAUUUGAAUAGUUUGCGUACUGUUGAUAUCGGUGGAGAGACGAGCACAGUUCAACUAAUUGAUAAGUUGUAUACCUAUUUGUCACAAGAUUGUUCUGUAUGGAACAUCUAUGGACCUGCCGAAACAACUGUCGAUUGUACAAGUUAUGUCAUAGGUAGAAAUCUGAAUAUGAUCAAUAUUCCAAUUGGAGGUCCACUAGCCAAUUAUCGAUGUAUAAUUAUGAAUCAAUAUUUGCAAUCAUCUGUCGUUGGUCAAGAAGGCGAACUGUUUGUGGGAGGAGCAGGAGUAUUUGCUGGUUAUCUUGGACGUGAUGAUUUGACUGCAAAAGCACUUACUGAAAUUGAUGCUGAAUUAUUUUAUCGAACAGGUGAUCUUGUUACAAUGGAUAACAACGGUCUUCUCCAUUAUCACGGAAGAAAAGAUCAUCAAAUCAAAUUACAUGGUCAACGAAUUGAACUUGGUGAAAUCGAACGAUGUUUACUUAACAUCAC